CAACGACUUUAUGGGUGUGACUCGUUUGAGUGAUAAAUACCAGAACAGUGAAGAUAUCGAAUACAGAUUGAGAAACUACACGAAGUUUAUUGCGUACAGAGAACCUCUUGGACGUGUCGUGUCUGACUACAGACAAAUUAGACUUUGUAACACUCCGUUUCGUGAAAUCAUGUGCACGCAGAUUCUUAAAUACAACAACAUCUCCAUUCAAUCGACUAACAACAAGCACGUCCCAGUGGUUCUACCGGAGAUAACCUUUCCUCAGUUUGUUAAUUUCGUCACACGUUUCGUUGACAAGAAAAGGCACCUAGAUCUUAACAUUCAUUGGAGACCGACACACUUGAUCUGUCAUCCUUGCCAUAUUGAUUACGAUUACCUCGUCGAUUUGAACAGUCCUGGUGUUGUCGACGAAUCUGCUUACGUUCUCAAAGCUCUCGGAGCUCCCUCCUGGCUGCAGUUGCCACAAGAAAACCGAUCGGGUAACGAAACAAUGUUCACUUUUCUCUCUCAACUCUCAGCUGCUCAAUUUGAACGCUUACGUUCGCAGUACGACGAUGACUACGAGAUAUUUGGAUAUCAAAAGUUUAAUUUGACUUAAUUAAUUGAGUCACUCAACUCUAGAGAUUUAGUUCAUUGCAAUGUUUUAUCACUCUUAUCGCUGCAUACUGUUUAUCUGUUUAUUAUAAGUUAUAA